UGCAGGCCACCACGAGGUUGUUAGCUCAGCGUGAGAUCGCGCUUUCCACCGGCAUCAUGGUUCCGGCUCAGCAUGUUGAGGGGAGAAGGGCGGCUACAGCGGUGGUGGUGAUCGCGAUGAUAGUAGCCAUGCCGUACGUCCCUACAGCUGUGGAAGGACACGGCUUCUGCAUAGAGCCUAUCAGUCGGCAAUAUCUUCGCUCAAAGGAGUUCAAUGAUGGCGGCGAAUUCUACGUCGAAAAAUGGGCGGGCUCCUUCAACGGGGGAGGUGCGGACGCGGUCCAGGCCCGAACUAUCGACAACAUCGAUCCUGACAUCCUUGCCGACUACGGUGAUGGCGACGUCUGGAUCGUGGGGGCGGCUUGGGACAAGGGGGAGAGGUGCCCGAAUAACAACUACCUCGAGAGCGACAAGAUUGCCGUCGGACACGGCGUGUGCGGGGACCCUCCCCAGGGCGGCUUGGACAACCCGAACACGUACAGUACUCCAAACACCCUCUGGCCUCCGAUCUCGACAUACCAGUCGGGAUCCAUCAUCGAGCUCAAGGCCGUCAUCAACAACAACCACUGGGGGCACAUCGAGUACUUCUUGUGCGACACCGCUGACAUGGACGACCCUGACGGCGUGGUGACCCAAGACUGCUUGAACAUGUACCCGCUCGACCGCGACGAGACCGAUUGGUGGAACAGCCCCAUCGACCCGGACUACCCUGGGCGUUUCUUCGUGAACCCCGAGUGUCGCGGUGAAACGGGGGAGACGGACCAAUCGGGCAGGUCCAUGCUCAACGACGGGGAGGUUGGCCUGGACCAUGUGAGUAUUAUGUAUGCUUACCAGGUGUAUGGUACCAGCUCUUGGAGGUCUGCGAAGGGCUAUAUCAACACCGGGCGUUACCAUCUGCCCAACAUUCAGUGCGAGCACUGUGUCCUCCAGAUGAAGUACUACGCGUACGUCGGGUGCCAUCACCCCGGCUACCACGAGUUCGAUCCCGAGUGGCCGGGAGAUUGCGCGCCGAACAAGGAGGAGUGGCUGCCGCACAAGAACCCCGGUUGCAGCGACGAAGGCCAGAAGUGGGGCAACGUGUUCUUCGGCUGCUCCGACAUCACUCUGGUGGCCGACGGCAAAACGUUCCCCACGGCUCCCGAACCGACCCCCGAGCCGACGCCUGAGCCGACUACGGAAACAACUCCCGAACCGACCCCCGAGCCGACUCCUGAGCCGACUCCUGAGCCGACUCCCGAACCUACUCCCGAACCGACGCCUGAGUCUGAGCCCACUGCGGAGCCCACUGCGGAGCCCACUGCGGAGCCCACUGCGGAGCCCGAACAACCAGUUGCUGCUUCCGUCUACGAAAUGCCCGUAGCUACGCCAGUUGAAGAGCAGCCUGUUGCGGAUGUGCCCGUGGAGGCUUACACGCACGUGGGGUGCUUUUCCGACAACAAGGAGGACCGAGUGCUCGAAGCCAUGAUCACGUCGUCAGCCAUGACCGGUGCUAUGUGCUACGAGCACUGCGUGGACAGGCGAGCCACAUACAUGGCUACCCAGUACGGCUUCGAAUGCUGGUGCAGCCAUGAUUCAGACCUAGACUACGCCCGCCACUCCGACGACUUGGAGAGGGUGGACGGCCGCGACUACGGCUUGUGCGGUACGCGUUGCGAAGGGGACAAGGUCAGAAUAUUGCACGGUUCCUGCCGACAGAGAGAAGCGCUGGAAAACCACGCCAUGGGCGAGAUAAGAAACCUGCAUUACCUGUACAAGAUCACGGAACCGACGGAACCCGAGGGAGAGGAGUACGUGGGGUGCUUCGCCGACGACGGGGAUGAUCGCCUAUUGAAGAACGAGAUCAAGUACCAGCCCGACAUGACCCAGGCCGUCUGCCGCACCUACUGCGAGGGCUUUGGCGCGCACUUCUACGCGACCCAGUACGGCGACGAGUGCUGGUGCGGAACGUCUGAUGAUAAGGAGGACUACAAGAGGCACGGGCAUGGGUCAUGUGUCGCGCAAUGCUCCGGCGACCCUACGACGGCGUGCGGCGGGUUCGACUCAUUCAACCUGUUCAAGUUGAAGGGCUGAGGCGGUGCUCGAUGAAUGUACCCGGGCGUGAAUGUGCAUGCGGAGAAUGUUGACUUGCCACCACUCUGAAAAAUCAGUGCGAAACGACCGUUCCAUGUAUGUGGGGGACGAACGGAUAACCGGUGUUCCGUGCGUUUAAAGCGGCGUUGAGCGCCGUGUCUGUGUUGAUGUGUGUUGCGGUAUGUUUUCAUGCAUUGUGGAAUCACGCACGCGGUUUUGGCUCGGGUGCGUGCGAUAACUUUUCGCAUGAUAGCACACAUAACCUGGGGGCUCGUUUCGGGUGUAGAGUGUUUUCGCUUCAAUGCGGAUCGAUGGGUAUUGCACGGCGUGCGAACGACGCGACAAGCAGGCAUAGAAGUUUUAGUAAUUAAUAUGGUAGCUUUUUGCGAAAGACCUUGUGGUGUGGCGGCUGGAGCUCGUUGUGUGGGCCGUUACUGGCAUGAUUUUCUUCUGCGAUAGACCCGCUGCUCGAAGUAGGCAUGACCUAGCGUGGUAAAUAUGCGGGGUCUGAGCGCAAAUUUGAGAGUAGGGUUCAUGCUGUUUAUUGGUCGGCGAGGGUGUGCCAUGAUCUGGCUCGAGUUGCACGCGCUCUCGUCCGCUUUGUAUUGAGUUGCUUUGGCACAUAUAGUUUACUCGCACUUUGUGCACAGUCAAGAAUGGCAAUUGGUGCGCAGGUCUCUCCUCCAUAGGCAUCCUCGUGUUGGGAUAUGCGGAAAUAAGCUGGACAAGUCUGAGCAUCCAUUCCCGUCGUGUUCCGCCGCAGAUUACCCCGUUGAUGAUUUUUUUCUUUUUCCUUGUUUUUCCGUCGCUUCAGUGUCUCAACUAAAUACUAUACCCUACGGAAUUUUGUGUUGAGUGCUCCCAAGCGCGGCCUACAGUAGAUACGCCCAGGAAGAAAAAGGGCCAUGUGGGCCGCCCUUGUUGGCUGUUCGCAAAGUCCACAUCACUACGUGAGGGAUUGCGGUACUAUUUGUACUUGUUGCUGGUGAAGAAAGAAAGACAGCGACCAAGAAACAGGAGUUCCCACAGGCAAAGCCGGCGUACGUGGAAAUGCAGUUUGGGACAGGAGCGUACUUCCUUCACACCCACGUAUUUUUUGUGGAUGAACUUGGGCCCAAGUAGGGUAUCUUUUGGGGUGCAUGCAUGUAUGUUGGAAGUAUCGUUCCUGGUGUAGGAGCUUUUCUGGAUUGUUAGACUUCUACAAUUGCUUGCGGAACGUACCACAUGUCAAGGAUAUGCUACAAUUUCUCACGAGUGUGGCUAGACAAUUUCGCUGGGAGUUGGGUGGGGCAAGGGUACACGUAAAAAUCAUUUCAAGACACAACCUACUACUCGAAUAU